GACGUAUCGACAAGAUAAUGCCCCAAUACACAAAAGUCGAGCAACACUAAGAUGGUUCCAAACACUUAAUAUAAAUUUAUUAAACUGGCCAGCAUGUUUCCCGGAUCAAAAUAAGAUGGAACAUUUAUGGAGUAUGAUGGUACGGCGUAUUUAUGCACACAACCAACAUUUUUCGAGCAUUUCGCAGUUAAAAGAAGUUGUACUAAAAUCCUGGAAUGAAAUUAACGAUGAAAUUUUGAAAAAAGCUAGUUGAGAGUAUGGCAAAUCGCAUUUUUGAGUUAAUCAAGGAGAAAGAAGGUCCUACCCAUUAUUAAAUCAUUCCCUAUUAUUCGUUGAAAUUAUAAUUUAAUCAUUACAUUAUAAUUUAAUAUUGUUAUUAUGUUAUAAAUCCAUUAGCGCUAUAGUUGUACACCUAUGAAAUAUCUAUAGUAUUAUUAUUAGUUGUCUUAAAUAAAUGUUAUGUUCGCCGUUUUAUCAUUGCUAUAAUAUAUUUUUAGUCUUUUUCACAUGAUACUAUUAAAGAUUUGAAAUUAUUAAUUAAAUCUAUAAAACCCACGAAAAUUGUAGCGGUGCUACAGUUAUGUCCCACCGUAGAUACUCAAUUUAGACCCAACAAAAAAUAAAGUAUGCAUAAUCGCCAAUGCGGCACGUGUUUAAUCUCCUAUACGGCGUCAAUCGCCGUAUUCGAAAUCGCGGGCGCGUUUUACAUCGAAUUCCGCGAUCCACGAGUAACGAGUAUUAACUAUGGAACAAAGUGCCGGCUCGCGUUUGGCCGAGAUUGCACGCGAGAAAGACGGCUGACAUCGGUUGUCCGUUCACUUCUCUUGUAAGAAGCACGUUACUUCCGCGUACAAAGUGUUGCAAGGUAGGGGUAAACAUCGAAUGGAAAUAAUCGUCAACCUUGCCGGUUGUCAGUGACCACGGGUCUUCUAAGACCGAUAGACGACGGUUUCAGUCGCCACGGUAUCUUGCACGUUUCCUUGCAUCACCACGUGCCCAUCCCACGGUAAAAUCCUUUAACCCUUUGAGCAGUGCUGAGACACAUUUACGUCUCAUAAUGCCAGCCUGGCAACACGUCGGCACAAACGCGUUGGAAGUUUCGCAAAUGCAAAUUUCGCAUUUUCUCUACAAAGCCUUUUAAUUCGAUGGCCUCGAUACUCGUGGAAAUUAACAGUUAAUUAUUUUCUUGUCGCGCACGAUGGACACCUCAUUGCUCAGCUCAGAGAUUUCUAAAUAAUUAUCUACAGGACACUUUGCUCAAAGGGUUAACGGUGUAAAUCUGGAGCGUCCUAGAACUUAAAAUCGUUCGCCAUUCGUCGAGAUCGUGGACGUUCUCCGACGAUAACAUUCGUGAUCGUUCCAAUGAUCGCACUAGCACACGCGACGAACACCGUUCAGUGAUCGAUCGUCAACUGCAUCAACUACGGAUACGUAAACGCCUCAACAAUGAUAAUCCACGUUUGAUCUGAUGUAAUCGCGUCAAUGUUAAUCGGCUCGACGAUAGCGCCAGCGUCACGGGGUGUUUUUUUUUCACAUGCCGAAGACUGGACACGACUAUUGGUCGUGAAAAACUAGCCUCGCCGCGGAAAAACAAGAUAUUGGAUGUCUCUACAUGCAUUAUCGACGACUGCCGCGGUAAUCGAUUCAACACUGGAGUUUAACCCGAAUUUUGGAAGAGAAUGAAUAAAACCAUCGCGAAAAGAACGAGAAAGGAUAGAAAGUACUAACAGUGAGAAACAUUGAAUAGCAUCUGUCGAGCUACAAUAGAUCGGCGAAUGACACGAUUUUAUGGGCUCAGGAAGUUAUCUGCAAAUUUAAAAUACCGAUCAUCCACGUGGAUUGACAUUAACUACGAGACGCAAGAUCUCCCUGGUCUUGAGAAGCGAACAUUGGCCAAGAAAAGAGGACGGUUCGAUCAAAGGGUACCAUAUUUCUGGACGGAGUGCAUUAUUUAUAUGGAAGAGCGGACCACCAGCCGAAAACAGGAUAAAUUAGACUGGUUCGCGUACAUCGAGUAGUCGGAGGAAAAUCGUGGAAGGAGUACGCGUUGCUUCCAGUGGUUGCGGUUUUUUAAGAGAAAAAGGAACGAGGUGCAAGGAAGCGUAAGGGAACGAACAGGUGUGCUCGGUAUCGAUCGGUAAUCGUUAGCCACUCGGUGCAUCGGAAACAUUUUUUUGUUCGGGAUCCUUGACUUGUUGCUACCGGGAGCCACUGGGAAGGGGCUUACGGAAUGAAACGCAUAAAAAGAUUCGUCUUGGCGCAAAGAACAGAGGAAGAUCCGAUUUGGAAGAGCUCGGACAACUUGAUGGCUGGCGUUGGUGCAUCAAAAAUGAACCCGAUAAUUACCGUGGAUUAUUCGGAGGAUCUUCCACAAGAUGGCGAGAAGAAGGGCUUGGGAUUGAAGCCCAGCAUGUCGCAGGGCACGGUGAUGAUCCAAACGCAGAGUAGGCUCCAAGAAAAGGACUUCACCAUUGCCACACCUGAGGAAUUUGUUCAUCGGUUCGGCGGCAGCAACGUCAUCAACAAGAUUCUCAUCGCCAAUAACGGGAUAGCAGCGGUGAAAUGUAUGCGUUCGAUUCGUCGUUGGUCCUACGAGAUGUUCAAGAACGAACGCGCUGUGCGCUUUGUUGUGAUGGUCACCCCCGAGGAUCUAAAGGCGAAUGCGGAGUACAUCAAAAUGGCGGAUCAAUACGUCCCCGUGCCCGGCGGAACAAACAAUAACAAUUAUGCCAACGUGGAGCUGAUCGUCGACAUCGCUAUUCGGGUUCAAGUCCAGGCUGUAUGGGCGGGAUGGGGUCACGCUUCAGAAAAUCCAAAGUUGCCUGAACUGCUCCACAAAAAUAACAUUUGUUUCAUUGGACCAUCUGAAAGAGCUAUGUGGGCCCUUGGAGACAAAAUCGCAUCCAGUAUAGUAGCGCAAACCGCGGACGUGCCGACACUUCCGUGGUCGGGGUCAGAAUUGAAAGCUCAGUACAGUGGAAAGAAGAUAAAAAUAUCUUCGGAACUCUUCAAGAAGGGAUGCGUAUCGACAGUGGAAGAGUGUUUAGCAGCUGCCAAUAAAAUAGGCUUUCCCAUAAUGGUGAAAGCCAGCGAGGGAGGGGGUGGUAAGGGUAUCAGAAAAGUAGAGAACGCUGAAGAAUUGCCUACAUUAUUUAGGCAGGUACAAACUGAGAUACCUGGAUCUCCUAUAUUUAUUAUGAAAUUGGCAAAGUGUGCUCGACAUUUGGAAGUUCAAUUAUUGGCAGACAAUUACGGUAACGCGAUCUCAUUGUUCGGUCGCGAUUGCUCUAUUCAGAGGAGGCAUCAAAAGAUUAUCGAAGAAGCUCCGGCUGUGAUUGCCAAACCUGAAGUUUUCGAGGAAAUGGAAAAGGCUGCUGUAAGAUUGGCCAAAAUGGUUGGAUAUGUCAGCGCAGGUACUGUUGAGUACCUUUACGACACGUCUGGAAAAUACUAUUUCUUGGAGUUGAACCCACGUCUUCAGGUGGAACACCCUUGCACGGAGAUGGUGUCAGAUGUUAACUUACCCGCGGCACAGCUUCAAAUCGCCAUGGGUUUACCGCUUCACCAUAUAAAAGAUAUUCGGCUUCUUUAUGGUGAAAGUCCGUGGGGCGAUAGUAUCAUCGACUUUGAUCAGCCGCAACAUAAACCUCAACCAUGGGGUCAUGUAAUUGCAGCAAGAAUUACUAGUGAAAAUCCUGACGAAGGUAGAGACAUUACAUUUCAUAUACAGUGAGUGUAGAAUGUAUUCGUACACCGAUCAAUUUCUCCCAAAAAUUUGGGGGAAAUUGUAGUUUUUUAACUUAAUUUUUUGUAAUUAAUGAUUUUUACAUAUUCUCGGAAAUCUCUAAGAUAGAUAUAGUCCAAACAACAUUUACUAGUUUAUAUAAUUCGUGAAAUUAACAAAAAAAUGCGAAAAGUGGGUAAAAGUAUAGAAGCAGUAAGUAUUUGUAUGAUUUUUAUGACGAACCAUUUAGUGUAGAGUUCGUAACGUAAACACAUUAGUUUAUUGCUCCGUAAGAAUUAGAAAACAUCAAAUUUCCAGUAAAGUACUUUUAAAAAUGGCUCUAAUAGAUGAAUUGAAGAAGAUCCCACUUCGAA